AUGGACCUGUCAAUACUUUUGCAGUGCUUUUCGGGCACGUUGAGCCAUGACGCAGCUGUGAGAAGCAACGCAGAGAAGCGCCUAAAAGAAUACAGUGGGCAUAUUGGGUUUCUCGGCGCAUGCUUGGAUAUCAUGGGGUCGAGCGAAGUAUCGGAGAAUAUAAAGUUGUCAGCCUCUCUGUAUUUCAAGAAUAAGAUCACAUAUGGGUGGUCGGGCAAGGGACACGGCAAGAACGAACUGCUGGAGUACACGGUAGACCCGGAUGAGCGCCCGGUGGUCAGGGAGCUGCUAGUCAAGGCGCUGACCAACUGCUCGCAGCAGGCCCCGAGCUGCAUGCGGGUGCUGCAGUUAGCGCUGGCGGAAAUCGUGUCCGUGGAGUACCCUGCGGGGCGGUGGGAUGGCCUACUGGAGGCGUCUUUCGGCUCGCUGGCUUCUGGCGACAUGCACGCAGCGCACGUCGGCCUAUUAUGUGCGAUGGAGGUGUUCCGCACGUAUCGCUGGAAGGAAAACGAUGAGCGUCAGGAGCUGGAGAUGCUGAUCAUGAGAUAUUUCCCAGACUUGCUGCACUACGCAAACGCGCUUUUGUACAGCGAGGAAAAGCACAACGAGAUCGUGGGGAAUAUGUUGAAGCUUGUGCUGAAGAUCUACAAGUUUGUGACAUAUAAUGACCUGCCGUUCACUCUCCAACGGUCGGAAAACUUCAUUCCGUGGGCCAACUUCCAUGUUUCUGUGAUACAAAGCCAGCUGCCGGAGCAUGUGAUGGCGCUGGCGGUCGAUGAUAGGCGGGCGCAUCCAUGGGUCAGAGCCAAAAAGUGGGCAUAUGCUAACAUGUAUCGAUUAUUCCAACGUUAUGCCUCAGAAUCUCUCAGCAAAAAGUUUGAGUACACUGAAUUUAAAAUGCUGUAUGUGGAGCAGUUUCUGCCGCAACUAUUGCAGUUGCAUUUCCAGCAGAUUGAAAGGUGGGGUGCAGGCGAAUUGUGGUUAAGCAAGGAGUCGCUAUAUUACAUAUUGGAGUUCAUUGAACAAACAGUGGUCCAAAAGUCUACUUGGCCGAUAGUUGACCCACAUUAUGCAACCAUUUUGGAACAUGUUAUCUUCCCGCUUCUUUGUCCUAGCGAAGAGACCUUGGAGAGCUUCGAGGUCGAUCCCCAGGAGUAUGUUCACAGGAACUUGGAGGCAUGGGAUGCAGACUAUUCUCCAGAUGUAGCUGCGGUAUCGUUAUUGGUAACAGCCGUUAAAAAGAGAUCAAAAACUACUCUGGAGCCCACUGUCCAAUUUGUCAGUCAAAUGCUACAGCACAACACCGUUAGCUUCGCUGACAUGACAUUAGAACAAGCAGUGAAGGUGGAAUCAUGCUUGCGCAUUGUCUCUAGCAUAUUGGAUCGUUUAUUCCAUGCAAAGUCACCAUAUACCUCGGAAAUGGAGGGCUUCCUAACUCGCUUUGUGUUUCCUCUUUUCCAUAGUAAGUAUGGAUUUUUGAGGGCACGAGUAUGCGAGGUAUGCUCUAAAUUGGACAGUAAUAUGUUGAAGCAGAAAGAAACAUUGCAAACAAUUUAUCAAGGAGUAGUGAAGUGUUUUAAUGAGGAGCCAGGGUCCCUACCAGUCCAACUGCUGGCCGCCCUCGCCCUGCAGGCAUUUAUCAACAUCCCGGACUUCCAUUCAUCUCUGUCUGCUAUUGUGGUGCCAACUAUGCAGAAACUACUACAGCUUUCUAGUGAGUUUGAAUCUGACACCAUUUCAGGUGUUAUGCAACAGUUCGUUGAAUCAUUUGCCACAGAAUUGCAGCCAUUCGGUGUGGAAUUGAUGAAUAAUCUGGUACAACAGUUUUUGAAACUGGCGAUAGAAUUUCACGAAGCGUCCAACUUCGAUAUUAACGGUUUCAGCACUGGUGAACUGCCGGAUGAAAGUGACAAGCAUAUGGCUGCCUUGGGUAUCCUAUCCACUACCAUUUCUAUAUUGUUGUCUUUUGAAAACUCUGGAGAUAUUGUUAAAAACUUGGAACAAUCGUUUUACCCCGCUGCCGAAUUUAUCCUGAAGAACUAUAUUGAAGAUUUUUACAGGGAGGCUUGUGAGUUUGUUGAGAAUUCCACCUUUUUAUUGAGAGAAAUCACUCCUAUUUCAUGGAAGAUUCUCGAGCUGAUUGGGGAAUGCAAUGAGAAAGAAGGCAGCAUGGUGUCCUUUUAUUUGGAGGACUUCAUGUUAGCUAUCAACAACUACAUUAUAUAUGGUAAGAAUGAACUGAAGCAAAACAGUUUCUAUUCUACGAUAUUGUUCAAAAUCUACGCUAAAGCAAUUACUGUCGAGGACAAUGGAUUUACUGAACUAAAACAACUCUAUGAUCUAUCGCAGAAAAUGGUUCUGUCCCUAGGUGAAACUACUUCAAAGGAAUAUGUUAACCAGUUUCUCACGGAUGCAGUUAAUUCUAUCAUCUCUGAAAAGGACUCCCUGGAGAAAUGCAUUGCAUUCGGAGUGACAACAUUUGGUGUGAUCCUUUCUUGUCUAUUGUACUUUCCUUACGAUACUUUGCAGUUCCUACACUCCAAGAAUGUCUCGUUGCUGUACUUCCAAAUUUGGUUUGAUAACUACAUUCCGAGUUACAAGAGAGUAUAUGACAUUAAACUCUCCCUUAUGGCACUCUUGAGUAUGCUUUCGCAUUUGUCAGUUGAGCAAUUUGCUUCCUGUGGUCUAGAGCCUGUCUUGAAAAAGAUGGGUUCCACUAUAUCUGGCUUAUUCGAGAGAUAUCCAGUUGCUAUCAAGGAACUCAAGGACAAACGGGCUGAGUUCACAUCCGAUGCUGACUUUGGCGAAGGGCUCAUCGACUCUGAUUGGGACGAUGAGAUUGGUGAAGAUGGCCUAGAAAACGAACAGAACUAUUUGGAGAUGCUGCGCAACGAAACUGAUGUUGUAAAAUUCAUCAAUGGAGAACCAAGCUGCCUCGAAGAGGAUAUGGAUGAUCUGGAGGAAGACCCAUUAUCCGGAUCUGUCUUGGACGAUAUCAACGUCUAUGCCAUCUUCCAAACCGUCUUUUCCACAUUGCAACAAAAUGACUCUACAAAAUACCAGUUAGUCCUAGAAAAUAUGUCACAGGACGAACAGAUGCACCUAGCACAUAUUACAUCGUUAUGA